AUGGCGGCCACGCUCCUCCGCCGGGCGCUCCAGCUCCGCCGCGCCCUCCCCUCUCCAGCUUCCUUGCGCACCCUCCUCCCCGCGGCCUCCAGCCGCCUCCUCUCCGCCACCGCCUCCACCCAGCAGAACACCGCCGGCACCGCCAUCGACCUCUCCAACGACGAGAGCCGCCGCCGCCUAGUCAACAGUCUGAUGUACAGGAGCAAGCAGAGGGGCUUCCUGGAGCUGGACCUGGUGCUCGGGACCUGGGUGGAGCAGCACGUCCGCUCCAUGGACGAGGCCAACAUCCGCUCCCUGCUCCAGAUCCUCGACCUCGAGAACCCAGACUUGUGGAAAUGGCUUACUGGUCAAGAGCAACCGCCAGAGAUUGUAAACUCUAAUCCUGUAUUUGCUGCCAUUAAGUCGAAGGUGACGGAUAACCUGAGCAAGCACUCUUCCCCAGAGACCCGGUCAGCGCCUGGCCAGCCUUGGGUGAGAGGGUGGGAUGACAAGGACAAGAGGGGUCUGGAUGGACCCAAGUACGGAAACCAGUGA